GGAGAGAGCAAAUCGAAAUCUUUGGCAACCCAGUACAAGAUUUUUCCAGGGAAACUGGAUGAAAUCUGCGUGUUCCUCUUUUUCACAGACGGAGAAAUCCAAAGGGACUCUGUUUUUGAAGCUUCACACGGUUUAAGCACCCAAGAGAUCACUUCAAUGCAAAAUUACGGAUUUGCCAUUGGGCUCAAAAAAGGAAAGAACAACUAUCGUUUUUUCCUCGAAGAAAAGAAAAAAACUUUUUUUUUUCGUUGGUUGCACGCUUACCGACGUCGUCAGGCGCUUUCGCCGAUCAUCCUCGCUGGUAAAAGGCCAUUGAUACAGAGGGCCAGAGGCAGCGGCGCAACACCCCCACCUUCUCCGCCGUGACGAGGAGAUAAAAAACGGUGGUUUCCGGAAGGGAUUCGGAGUGCACAAAGGCAGGUUCGACAUAUACAUCUUGGCUAAGAACAUUCAGAUAGUUUGCAAGUUUUUGGUAUUGUUGAGACGGAUGAGGAGAAACAGAGUAUGAUCAUGUGUGUGAGUGGAUAAUGUGAUUGUUUUGAGAUCUGAAUCAUGACAAAGUUUAUGUGAAGCAUAAGAGUAGGCAGAGAUCUUCUGGAGGCAAUGGAUGAUGAGAUUUCUGGUGAAAAAAAUGCCGAUGAAAUCGCGAGGCCUUUAGGAGAAAAAAGUACUGAUCUUGAUGUGGACCUUAAUGGAAACAGAAAGCUGAAUGAAGGGGGAGAGGAGCUAUCUAUAUCAGAACCUACUGAUCAGAGUAACAAUCUGGUCUGUGUCUCGGAUGAUAAGUUUUCAUUUCUAAGACUGGAAUUGAAUGAGUUGGGAUGUGGUGAGGGAAGUGAGAAGACCGUGGAAGAGCUACGGAAUUUUCUGCCCAGAUGGGUCACCCGAGAACAAGUAUUAUAUAUGAUUAGAGAUACCGGGGAAAACGUAGUUGAAAUCGUCAAUAAUUUCUAUGAACAUGAGACAAAGUUCUACGAGCAAGUCGCUUCUGUUAUAUCUGUCACUUCUAGCAAAAGGGUUUCCUGUGGUAUUGAAGAAGCACCUGUUCCGGGACUUGAUUUCAUCAGCUGCAUUCCUGAGGAAAAUGGGGGUUCUCACUUGACACAAUUUCACAAGCUUCAGGGCACGGCUAAAUCCCUGAAGAGCAGUGUUUCUCCUGUGAAAAGGAACAAAAAGAUCAUGAGCAAACCGAAAAAGAAAGCGAAAGCGUAUUCUAAGCCAAAAUCUACAGACUCAAAACAGGCUACAAUCACCAAGUUCUUCAACAAAGUUUCUUCAAACAAAACUAAAGCUUGAUGCAUUGGCGUUACGGCAAAGGGUUGGUGGAAAAGGUCUGCACGGUGACUCAGAACAAGAAAUGGUGCUUAGUUUCUGGUGAAAUCUCAUGGGGGAGAUGAUCGAUCUAUAUGUGCUGAUGUUUCACUGGAAGCAAUUUUGUAGAGCCAGGCUUUGGAGGAUCUGUGUAUUCAAGCAUGAGAAUUUGGAUAAGGCAUACGCUUGUAUGGUUUCUCUCUCCAGAACAACAAUUUUCCAAAGAAACCCAGAAGAAAAUACAAGUGUUUCAUCUCUGCACUCUGCAGCAGAAAAUCUGGAUGUGGCCAAGUGUUGCAAAACCUUUGGGAACUCAGGAAUCUGGAAUGGGCCCAAAGGUAUGUGUAUUUGAAAUCAAAGCCUAUGUUCUUGAUCAUGUAGGAGGCAGAAAACCUAAAACCACAGAGUAUGUGCUUCUGUGCCAUAGUUUUUUUCUUUGAUCAUUUUGUGCUUUUAUCAUCCAUCAUUUUCUGGGCAAUGAAACAUUCCAUGCUGGUUCCACCUUUCAAUCUUUAAUCUUAAUGUGAUAUUACCAACAUUUCUCA